AGCAGCCCAGAAAAAUUUCAUUCUGAAAAGGCUUUUCUGGAAAACCAGCGACCUUUUCUAUUUCCUUGUGAACAAACUUCAUGAGUACUUGCCAGAGUCUGGGAAUAAGAAUGCAUUUCAUAAUAAAAGCCAAAGAGCUGAUGAGCUGGUGCCAUGCAUUGAAAUUAUACAGACCCUACGACUGAUGUUCAGAGAGACAGAAAUCGAGUCAUCAUGCCUGAACACAUUGGCAGCUAAGAAGGGAACACUAAUUAAUCUCUUGCAGGGAAAUCUUGGAUUGGGGUUGACAACAUUUGCUAUUAGCUGGAUGAUGUGCUUUCUACAAAGUUGUCCUCCGAUUAUUACGUUUGUGGCCAGUAUUGGGAAAGAAGUGGUGAAGGGGCUCUCAGCUUCAUUUCAACUGCUAAGUCCCUGCCAAGCAGUUCUGUUGUACCAGCAGUUUUACAUCCUCAAGAGCUGCCUGCAGUACAGCAAGACUCUAGCUGAGUAUAUCAGGAAUGACUACAGCGAAGAAUUCAGGUACUUUAUUCACAUGCCAGCCUUGAAAAAGAGACCUCCGUUGUGUUACCCUAUUACCCAGCCAACCACUCAACUUUUUCAUGAAGUUCUGAAUUGGUUGAACAGAAACAAUAUGUAAAAUGUUAACAAGAGUAUAAAAUGUUAAC